AUGCUUCUCGCCAAAACUAUCGUCGCCACAGGCGCAUCCUCCGGGAUGGGCUUCGAACUCCUCAAACACCUCCUGACCGCCAACCCCUCCCCGACCGCCCAGCCCUACCGCAUCAUCAUGGGCGCGCGCGACGUGCCCCGCACCCUUGCCGCCUUCGACACGCUGCACUACGACACGGCCCGCCACAGCGUGACGGUCCUCCCGCUCGAGCUGUUUGACCUGGCGGGGACGCGGGAGUUUGCGAGGGAGUCUCUGAAGAGGCUGGCUGCGCAACAUUACCUGCUGCAUCUGUUCCGCGACAAGCUGGUCGAGUCCAAGUCGAGGGUGAUCAUCGUCUCGUCCGGGGCGGUGAGCUUGACACUAACGAUGACGGCAGAAUCGCUAGAGAAGGACCUCCGGGCGGACACGGUCAUUGACCUGUACACGACGUACUGCCAGACCAAGUUUAUCCAGCUGGUCAGCGCACACUGGUGGCGGCGGGAGUUGGCAGGCAAAGCCACCGUCGUGGCUGUCUCGCCGGGCUUCAUCCCCGGGACGAACCUUGUCAAGAAGUCGGGGCUGUUCAGUGAGGAUAUGCCCGGCGCCCAGUCGAUUGCUGAAGGUAGGUACUUGGAACUGGCGCUUCAGGAAAAGUGGUCUCCGAGCAAGGAGGCCAUCGAGAAGGAGGCCGGGUUGUCCGACUGGGCCGAAGCGCCAAUUCCUCAAGCCAUCUAG